UAUGCCGAUGUGAUGAGGUGUUUUUCAAUCGAAGGAAGGAACAAGAAGAAAAAAACCGGAAGAAAAUUAAACAGCGAAGAUAACGAACAGCGAUCAAAAUAAGAAAGCUAAUCCUAAAUUAUCAUCUUGUCAACCUUGUAAAACAUAUACAAGGUUCAACAUGCAAUAUUGGUGUAGGCAAAUCCAGAGCGCCCACACCUGCUGUAUGUGUCUGCCCUGGUUAAUGAAUUUCUACUCGUAGUCAACGAUAUGGAGUCGCUAUUCCAAUGCACAAUACAACAUGUAUAUACACAGUGCAGUUAGAAGAGAAUUUCCGUGUCGUCAGUUACUCUCUACUUCUUGUCACGGCCUCGCUGCAGGCUUACAAUGUGUUAAUGGGAAUGAAGCAGACGAUUCAGCCGCUAAGUAAUAGAUCACGUGGUUUCCAUUACUUUUAAUGAUUUUCCGUCCCUUGUGGUGGAUGUGAAGGCACGAGGGGUUUUCUGUCAUUGAGUGGAGGCGAAGGAACUUGUUUGGGAGUCAGAUUGCAAGGCCGCUCCCAUUGUGUGCAUGUUGAGAGACUCCAUUAGAAGCUGUCAUGUCUGGGGUACGGAUCAAAGGUUUGGAUCCCAAAUCGCUGAGCGCCCAUCUCUCCACACGAGGAGUCAGUCCCGGGGGCACUCAAAGUGUUCGAGUUUAGCAGCAGUUGUUUAUUCCGUUACAAGGUCCGAGAAAACGAUGCUAUGUAGCGAUAGCAACAAAACGUGUUGUACAGAUUUCAAGCUGGUAAAUGGUGUUUGUGAACGCUGCAUUGGAUCAUGGGGACUUAAUUGUAACAGGACCUGUCCCGAUGGAUUUUAUGGUUUCGGUUGCCGGUUAAGGUGUGCCUGUGAAAAUAACCAGACCUGUCACAGUAAAAUUGGAUGCAACCAAAAUUAUACAGAGUCAAUGCGGUCUCGCUCGCUCCCAAUCUUCGGGAUCGCUGCUGGUGCUUCCGGUGUCAUCGGUUGUUUGUGUCUACUUAUCACGUGCUGCGUCCUAUGGAAACGGAAGACGAACAAUAAAGACAGGCGAACUGCUGUAAAUACAAAUGAUGAUGUGGUGAAUUAUGACGAGACUGAAUCUAGGUAUAGCAGUAUUAGGGGGUCCAUCAUAUCCCAGGAUUCUCAUAUUGACCAUGUUUCGUAUGAUGACCUGUGCUCUUCUUCCUACGAUGUGAUCUCAAGAACUGGCAACAUGAUGUCUAGAAGUGAUAUUGCUGAAUCUGACGCUACACCAAAAUAUGUAGCAAUGGCCUCCAUUCCAGGUAAAGGAAUCAUUUCCAACCCAUCAGAUAACGAAGCUUAUGUCAAGUGUUCUCAUAGGAGAAACUUCUUCCCUGCAUCUCAGUCUGUGCGUGUAUAUGAGAAAUGUCGAGAAUCUGUUGACGAAUACGAUCAUCUUGAUUCGAAGAGAGCCUGUACACUUCCACCAACAGCGACGCCAAGAUUUCCACUGGAAGUGGAAGAGUUCAAGAUUUUCACUAAAGAGACAAUCCUGGCCCAUUCGUCAGGCAUGUGCACGAUAUAUGACAAAGUGAAUUCUAACAGAAGUAAUCGACAUCGACCACAACCAAAACUAACCAGACAUGACGAUAGGCGACCAUACAGCACGUUGAAACACGACCGAAUCGUUUAACUUUACUGUAUCGUAGCAUAUGUGUAUAUAUUAUCAUUUAUUUACUUCACAUAUGUCUGUAUUCACAUAAUUUGCAUGCAUGUAGUUCUUUAAAGCAUUCUCUUAAUACAGAUUUUAAUGAAGAAUGCUACAUCGUUAUAAUGGCUGACUUCCUUUUAAAACAUGAAUGAAAAUAUAACUAUUAGCAAUA